CCAACAUUGGCGGUGUACGUGUGUACAUUUUUGUUUUUAUUACAAAUUUCUAUUGAAAAGUAAAUAAAAUGGCAAAGCAGUUUGCGCUCAAGGGAGAGGAAUUCGAAAUAAGGAACAUAUCGCCCGAUAUGUACGAAGAAACGGAAGAGCUUUUUAUGCACGUCUUUCCAAAUUAUGAAAACAUGUGUCUGGCCACCAAUAUGAAGGAAUCCCCAGAGGCCCUCGAAGAGUUAAGGCAACUGCUCCAUGCUGUGCUUCCCGAUGGAAUCUCAUUUGCGGUUAUACACAAGCCCACUGGCAAGAUAGUGGCAAUUUGUUGCAACAAAAUUAUAAACCACAAGAAGAAUAUUUCAUUGGACGAGGUCUUCGAGAGCUUUAAAACGCCGCAAAUGUUCACCAUAGAUGCGUAUUUGGUACGUUUGGAGAACGAUUUCGAUGUUUUCAAACAGUGGCAAGUGGAGUCUGCUUUCGAAAUUGAGUUCCUUGCCGUCCAUCCCGAUUGGACCAAACGUGGUUUGGCCUUCAACGUGUGCUCCUAUGCCUUGGACUUUGCUGUGGCGAUGUCCAAGGGCGAACUAACCCCGGAACAGAUGGCACAGAUGCCCGAUCAUAUACGAAAGGAGCGACCGGACGUGUCAAUGGGUGUCUUCACAUCGCUCUAUACACAGAGAAUGGCUGCCAAAUUAAAUUUUAUUCCAGUUAAUGUGGUGCCCAUGACAGAAUUUAGUUUUGAAGGCAAAACUUUUGCCGAAGUCGUCGCUCCGGAGCACGUCAAUUCGCAACAUGCAGCCAAAAAGUUGUAGAGGAGAUGACUUGUAAAGAAGACCAUUUCAGAAUUCAAGACAAUAAAAAAAAUUUGUAGUCGUUGGUGAAAAAUAUAGCCUAGAAGGCUCAAAGUUUUAAUAUGAUUUUUAAUAUUUUAAAAUUGAAUUUUUAAUUUUAUAAAUCUCGUUCCAUUUUAUUGAAAUAAACAUUGUCAUUACUCCAAA